CCCUAACCCAAUCGAUACCAAACUACAUGCGUUCAUGAUGAGAUCGAUUCGAAGGAUGUAAUAAAAAUGCAUAUAUAUAUAGAGAGAGAGAGACAGACAGACAGACAGAACUGGCAUUCAUUCAUUCAUUCAUCAAUUCUUGAUCAGAUCUAUAGCUAUGGAGAAGAGCAAGGUUUUGAUCAUAGGAGGGACUGGGUACAUUGGCAAGUUCAUAGUGGAAGCCAGUGCAAAGUGUGGGCACCCCACCUUUGCUUUAGUAAGGGAGGCAACCAUUGCUGAUCCUGCCAAGAACAACCUUAUUCAGACCUUCAAGAAUUCUGGUGUCCAAAUAUUACAGGGCGAUCUGAAUGAUGAAAAGAGCCUGGUGGAGGCAGUGAAGCAGGUGGAUGUUGUGAUCUCCGCCGUCGGGCAGAUGCAGUUGCCCGAUCAAGCCAACAUCAUUGCAGCCAUCAAACAAGCUGGAAACCCUAUUAAGAGGUUCUUGCCGUCUGAGUUCGGGUCGGAUGUGGAGCGAGCCCGGGCAGUGGAGCCGGCCAAGUCAGUAUGGUCCGUGAAGGUUGGGAUCAGACGAGCCAUAGAGGCUCAAGGCAUUCCUUACACCUAUGUGUGUUGUAAUUACUUUGCCGGCUAUUCGUUGCCCACUCUGCUGCAGCCUGGUCAGUUUGCUCCACCCCCGCCUAAGGACAAACUCGUCAUUUUAGGAGAUGGCAAUGCUAAAGCCGUGUUCAACGAUGAACGGGACAUUGCCAUGUACACAAUGAGGGCGGUGGAUGAUCCGAGGACGUUGAACAAAACGCUUUAUAUAAAGCCUAGCUUGAAUGUGUACUCCGUGAAUGAACUCGCGGCCUUGUGGGAGAAGAAGAUAGGGAAGAAGGUGGAUAAAGUUUAUGUUCCUGAGGAACAACUGCUGAAACAAAUUGCAGAGUCUCCAGUGCCGGGGAACAUAAUCUUGGCGAUCAAUCAUUCGGUGUUAGUGAACGGCGACCAAACUUAUUUCGAGAUUGAGCCAUCAUUUGGGGUUGAAGCAUCUGAGCUUUAUCCUGAUGUUAAGUACACAACUGUGGAGAGCUACCUCGACCAGUUUGUCUGAAUUAAUGUAUUUGCAUGCUCCUUGUGUUAAAUUUCUAUGAAUUAUUAUAUGUAUGUAUGUAUGUGUGAGAAUGAGUGAGAGAGGUGUAUGUGUGUGAAAUGCAUGUGGAUUUUUAUCCCAAGAAUAAAAUUUUCUAAACACAAA